AUGAACAGCACAAGCAAUACCAACAGCAGAUCUGGUAAUUCAAGACGUUUUUCAGAAACAAAUCACUUCUUGGUAUCUCAUUUCAGCACUGGCUCUUCGUCAAAAGUGGAUAGAAACACUCGAAAAGACAGCAAUUCGGCCCAGAGCAACAACUUCUUGCUCGUUAACAACUACAAAACAAGAGAGCAAGUCGAAAAGGAGAAACAGAUUGUAACAAUUCUAAAUAACGACGACUUGGUUAUACUUUUCUCGCUUCAAAAAGAAGAGGUGAAAUUGCCUCCAGAUAGAGAGUUUGAUACCAAACCAGACCAAUAUGUGUCGAUAAUCUCCAACAACUACGAAAAGGAGUAUCCCAUGAGCACAACACAGGCUCGAUACAAUCUCAUAAAGAAAAUGAUGAGAAAGGAUUGA